AUGGGUAACAUAGGAAGUAGCGGCACCAACAGCCGCCGGAGACACGGUGGAGGCGGCAGCGGGAGGCGGAUUCACCCGCCGCCUCCUCCUCCGCCGGUGAUGCAUCCACCCGAAGUCACGGCGAAUCAAUUCGUGUACCCUCCCGCCGCGACUCCGUAUCACAACUAUCCCGGGUACUACCCGCCGCCGACCACCAUGCCGGCGCCGUUGCCGGCUCCUUAUGACCAUCACCACCGUCAGGCGGUGGACCCGAUGUGGGGGAGGUACCCGGCCGUGCCGGCACCGGCGCCGUAUGUGGAGCACCAGAAGGCUGUUACUAUAAAAAACGAUGUUAACAUCAAGAAGGAGACGCUUAGGAUUGAGCCUGAUGACGAAAAUCCUGGCCGUUUCCUCGUGACGUUUACGUUUGAUGCCACCGUUUCCGGGAGCAUUACCAUACUUUUCUUUGCAAAAGAAGGGGAAGGUUGCACCCUAACCCCGAUGAAGGAAAAUGUUCUUCUACCGGUGACUGUAAAUUUCCAGCAAGGUCUUGGCCAGAAGUUUAAACAGCCAGCUGGAACUGGUAUUGAUUUUUCUAUAUUUGAGGAGUCGGAGUUAUUGAAUGUGGGGGACAUGGAUGUGUAUCCUGUAGCAAUUAGAGCAGAUGCAUCAUCCUCUGGCGACCAUGAUGAAUUGAAAUCAAAUGAAACGCCAUCAUCUGGUAACACAAACUCCCAGAUUACUCAAGCAGUGUUUGAGAAGGAGAAAGGAGAGUUCCAGGUGAAGGUUGUUAAGCAGAUCUUAUGGGUAAAUGAAAUGAGGUAUGAACUGCAGGAGAUAUAUGGUAUUGGAAAUUCAGUGGAGAGUGACUUGGACGGGAAUGACCCAGGAAAAGAGUGUGUUAUAUGUUUGUCAGAGCCUCGAGACACGACCGUCCUUCCAUGUCGCCACAUGUGUAUGUGUAGCGGAUGUGCUAAGGUUUUGAGGUUCCAAACAAAUAGAUGUCCAAUCUGCAGACAACCAGUUGAGAGGCUUUUGGAGAUCAAAGUGGGGCCUGAGCCUGAGGAGUGA